CUCGUCGGAGGGACUGCAACUUCAAGCACCAGCAGCUAUGUCAGCCUGCCUCAGAUUUACCCGGCGGGUCUGGAAGUCCUUCGUCGAGAACAAAGGACAUGAUCAACACUGCUUUCCUAACCUCAAGAUCCUGGAUGCGAGGCCCGGGUUGCUGCAAGCCUCGCUCAAGAUUGAGCCGUACAACCUAAACAGGGUCGGAACCGUGCACGGCGGCCUCAUCAUGUCUCUCACAGACACGAUGGGUUCCCUCGCUGUAGCGACGAAGGGGCAGUACCUCACCGGCGUCUCCGUCGACAUCGGCACCUCGUUCGUCAAGCCAGGCGGUCGGGUAGGCGAUGAAAUGCAGAUGAGUGCGGUCGUGGUUGGCAUAGGGAAGUCACUGGCGUACACCCGUGUCGAGUUCUUCAACGCCGCCGGGCAGCUGGCGGCUUACGGCCACCAUACCAAGUACGUCGGCAAGUCCGCCGGGCACGAGAACGACGUCAAAUUCUCGGAGGAUGGCGAGUCCGUUCUGGAAGGGAAGGACCUGGAUGUAGACUAAGACUAACAGACGUGCACGUCUCUGCGCGCGCGCCAGAGGCAAUCUAUGUGGUGCAAUACAUACUGAUCUUGCGUAGAAUGGGCAGAGCUUCGCUUUCUCUCAAUUCUCUCCACUAUCCUGUGCUUCUCCGGAGCCGCUUGGAGGAACGACACUAGAACGAGGCUAAAAUUGU